UGACUGAAAUAUUCAAGUGAUAACUGUAAAUGAGAUGGCCUACUGAGAGUAUAACACAAUUGUGAUUUUAGAACCUCCACUCGCGCAUCUGUCAUUAUGAUUUCCUCACCUCGACAAUCGUUUGAUCAUUGAUGUUUCAUCGAGCCUCGAACGAUUAUUAUUAUUUUAGCACUUUGGCUGAAACAAUGGUUUUAUCUCCCCAGUCAGGUUCAUGGACUUUUUUUCAGGUUGAGUGCCUGAGAAGAGAGUGAGGGCGGCGCACCUAGAGCAGAGGAGAGGGCAGAACGACCGACUGCGUUCAUACCCUGAGACCUUUUCUGCCCUGACUGAGCGCUCGAGAGUACACUCACCGACCGAACCUCUUCCUCACAACACCUCUGCAGAUGUAAUGAGCCUGUGAUACUCACGCGUCACUCAAACUCUUCUUUCAAGUCCUGAUCUAGUUGAUUGUCUCUAGCGUAGAAGUAAGAUAAAAGUCUCAAAAUGGAAUUCAUCGCUGACUAUUAUAACCGCUUCUACAACUUUUGCGUCUGGACGAAUAAAAUUUCAGAUGAAAGAACUCGCGGGUGGCUCCUGGUGGACACCCCUUGGCCUACCAUUCUCUACACGGCCGUCUACCUUGCCAUCGUGUGGACCGGCCCGAAGUUGAUGAGGGACCGCAAACCCUUCGCUCUCACGUGGGCGCUCAUCCCUUAUAAUUUUGCCAUGGCAGCCCUCAACGCCUUCAUCGCUUACGAGUUGUUAAUAGCUUCAACCCGACUUAGUUAUAGCUACGUGUGCCAGCCAGUAGGAAGGACCGCUAGUCCCGACGAGAUGAGAAUAACGAAGGCUGUGUGGUGGUACUACUUUUCAAAACUGAUCGAGUUUUGCGACACAUUCUUCUUCAUUUUGAGAAAGAAAAACAACCAGCUUACAUUCCUGCACGUGUACCACCACUCGACCAUGUUUUCACUCUGGUGGAUUGGAGUCAAGUGGGUUCCUAGUGGAUCAACGUUCCUGCCAGCAAUGGUGAACAGUUGCAUCCACGUGGUGAUGUACACGUACUACGCUUUGGCAGCCAUGGGUCCAAAGAUAGCCAAAUUCCUCUGGUGGAAAAAGUACCUGACCAUCAUGCAGCUGAUCCAGUUCACGACCGCACUCAUCAUGGGCAUCAACGGCAUCAGGACUGGCUGCGACUUCCCUUUAUGGAUGCAGUACGCGCUUGUCAUCUACAUGAUGUCUUUCAUCGUCCUGUUCGGCAACUUUUACAUCAAGGCCUACAUUGACAGGCACUUGGCGCAGGGAAAAAAGAAUGCCAGGAACGGCAACGGCUGUGCGGUCAAGCCGUCCAACGGAGUGGCCAACGGUCUGCACCACAGCGUUGCGACCAAGAAGAGGCUCUGAAUCGCUUCCUCGCAGCCGGCAGUGUGUUGCAUUUUUACAGAAGCGCAAAUUUCAACAAUAAUUCUCACGCAAUGUGAAUAUGUCUGCGCCAACCAGUUUUGCGGCAGGCGGACAGUCAAUUCUCAUAUAUAUGAAGUUAGUUAUAAUUGCCAAGUUCUUCUGUAAAUUGAAUACAGUGAUGUUUUUGUUCCCAAGUUAAUAAAUUAUCCAGUAAUUUUAAAAACCUAAA